GGGGAAUGUAAGGUCGAGUUACCGUGGGGAGCAUAGGCAACAGCAGCCUAGUUCGAGAGGAGGGUCGGGUGUCGAUAGAGUGAGGAGUGGGCUCCAUGUGAGGUCUGAUGGUAGAAGUAGUAGUAGCAGUAGUAGACGACAUUUGUCUGGGUCUUCACAACAUUUUUCUGGGUCUUCCAGGCAGCAUUUGUCUGGUGGAAGUAGUAGCAGUAGUAGAAGACAUUUGUCUGGUGGAAGUAGUAGCAGUAGUAGAAGACAUUUGUCUGGGUCUUCCAGGCAGCAGUCCCGUGGAGAGUGA